CACGUGACAGCCGUUUGAGUGAAUCAAAUGAAUACGUGUAACACAAGUGAGGCAUCAGUUGUGUUGAAGUGAACACACAUUCAAACAAUUAAACUCAAUAUUUGUGUUAAUUUGUGUCCAAAAGUAAGGAUCAAAUCAAGACAUGGAUCAAGUGAUGUCAUUCGUAGAGCCCGGACGACAGUUCGCCAAAGACUCGAUCCGUUUGGUUAAGAGGUGCACAAAACCCGACCGAAAAGAGUUCCAGAAGAUAGCGAUGGCCACAGCGAUCGGGUUCGCGAUCAUGGGUUUCAUUGGAUUCUUCGUUAAACUCAUUCACAUUCCCAUCAAUAAUAUCAUUGUGACUUGUAUUCCGGAGUCGACUAAACCAUUCACAAGAACUCGACGCCGAAAGGAAUAUAACAGAACUAAUCGCUCGCAUCCGCCGACUGUGGCCUCUAUUCUCAAACAGGCGGCCGAUAAUGAGAAGAAACAGAAAGCCAUUGAAUUGAAUGAAAGGCAAAGAUCCGAACACAAAGAUCAAGAAUCGCAGACCAUUUGCGACACUAAUGACACCAAUUGUGAGACCAAUCAAACCACAGAUAUCACUGAGUUAUCCUCAGAGUAA